GGCUUUAUUUGCUCCAUAUGGUCUUUGACAUGGUACCCGGGAAGAAGGGAGGAAAGAAAGAAAAAAAAGGAAAACCGUGUGUGGGCGGAGGAAAAACCUAGUAUUUUGUCCGUCCUGAAAUUUGAUUCAGAAGUUCAGGAUCCUGGAAGACAAAAAGCAAACCGAGGGGGAGGGAAGGACGGAGGAAUAAAUCCACACUCUGCAAUCUCCGACUCAAGUUUGACGCUGUCCUGGUUUUCGUCUGGACCUCAGCUCGCUCCUCUCAGCCUGCGUGACUAUGAGCACCUCGGGGCUUCAGGCCACUGACAGGCAGAACGUGAAGGAGCUCGACACCGUGAAGGAGUCCAUCAGUGACAUCAUCAACCAGCUGCAGGACAUCGACCCCGCCAGGCUCUCCUUCUCGCCCUUCCUGGACCUGGACACCCAGAUCUCCCUGGCGCCGGUGUCGGACAGCCCGGAGUCGUCCGUGGAGGAGCUCCGCUCGGCCUCCCAUUCGGCCUCCGGCUCCCAGCGCUCUCUGGACCCGCCGUCAGCGGCAACGGCGCAGCCGAGGAGCUCUGCUCGGUGCCACCAGCAGCCCAGCGCCACCCCUGCACCACACAGCGGAGCAAAUCAGACAGAGCAGCAGCAGCAGGAGGAGCCGGAUCAAACUUUUUCCAGCCCCAUCAUCAUUUCGCACAGUUUGGACACUGCCACGGAAAACUGCAUGCGCCCCCCUCCACCGGCCUCUCAGGGCGACAUUCCCAACGGCACAAACACGCCGAGAUGGAGCCCAGAAUCCACCACUGUGGAGAGCCCGGCGGACGAGAGCCGACCCCUGAUAGGACCGCCGCAGGAGACCGUGGAGCUGGCCGUAUGGAGCGCAGAGGGGCUCGGCGAGACUGAUGGGGCUGCAGGGGAGGCGUCGGAUCAGGGGAGGUGCUGCUGCCGGUGUAAAUGCAGCCAGAGCGGCCGUCUCCCCGCCAUCCUCUCCGUUCUGGCCUCGCUUCUGUGUGCAGCCGGGAUGCUCUAUGCACUCUAUUUCUAUGUCCCUAUAAGGCCCCCCGACUGCCCGGGCGUAAGCUGCCGCAUCAUUUUCACCUUCUGCUGCUGCGCGGUGGCAGCGCUCCCCAUGGUGCUCGCCAUGCUGGUUGGUGCGGUGUGCCAGUUGUGCUCCGGGUCCCUGCGUCUGCAGGAGCCGACGGAUCGAAGACACGCCGUGCAGCAGCUGUUUGUCUCAUCGUCCCUGGAGCAGCUCCUGCUCUACGUGCUCAACCUGGUGGUGAUGGCCGCCCUGCUGCCGCAGGAGCAGCUGAAGCUGGUGCCCAUACUGGUGGUCAUGUUCAUCAUUGGCAGGCUUGUUUUCUGGUUCAGCCUGAACACGUGCGGCUCCUGGAGAGGCUUCGGUUCUGGUCUGACCUCCUUCCCGCUCCUCGCCGUGGUCGCUCUCAAUCUGUUCCUCAUGUACAAUCUCAAUCUCAAACAGCCCCUUUUUGGCCCUCAGGACGCCCUGUAUAAUCAGGUCACCCCGUCCUCCUGGUCGGGGGAGACAUCGCAGAGCCCGAGCGGCAAACCAGACGUCCUGCCCACAGACAUCCUGGACGCUCAGUGAGAGGGAGAGCUGCGCUUUCUUCUCCGAGAGGAGGCCAUCCUCCCAGAAAUAGGCCAUUCCUGUGGUCUGCUGCUCAGCAGAGCUACACCCGCCGCCGCUGUAACCUCCAACUAUGUGACGGCUUUUACUUGUUGCUCCUCCUGUGUACAGCCCUUUUUCAUGUGGUUUUGUGCUUUAUUAUCUGAAAUGCAAGCGCUCUGCCUGGCUGUGGCCGAGGAUGCCUUUGAACAAUGCUGUACACAUGAAACAUUUGUCUUUUUAAGCUGUUCCAAUGCCUAUAUUUAAGUAGAAGCUCUGCCCUGUACGCGGCUGGAUUUGUUUCACCGCAACGCAGCUGCAGUUGUCAGAUUUGACUAGCUUGACUUUACAGAGGGUUUGUACAGGACAGAGUCGGAAUAAAAACCAUUUGUAAGAAAUAAAAUA